UGGUUUUGUGUUCUUUUGUUGUUGUAGGGUAAUACUUAUUGGUUGAAACAGCGAACGAAGUAUCCCUCGGGAUGCAUUUUAUGGCCCUUACUAGAACCAAAUAUUAGAUCUAGCGCUUGGAUCUUGAAUAUUGUCUCGGGUUGAACAGCGUAAAGCUACGAGUUAACCUUUGAUCAUGAGUAAUACUACGACAAGUGAAACUACAAAACUGCACAAAGAACUCGAGACCGAGAAAGCCAACGAAGAACUGGAGUCAAUCAUGGUUGUUUAUAAUGGCAAACAACACACAGUGAAGUUUCCAAUCAACGCCAACGCAAAAGUUAUCAGUCAAAGUAUCAAGAAAGUAACAGGAGUGAAAGGGUCGUUUUACGUGCAUUUUGGCGAAAAGACAAACAACUAUUUACACUCUUCAAGCGUGACUAGUGGAAAUCUCGCUAAACUUGCAGGGCAGCCUCUCGAGCUUAGAGGUGGAAACGCAUUUAACAAAGGAGGUGAUUCUAUAUGGUACUAUAACAGUCAAGCCCUCAAACCUGAAGUUACGAAAAAGUGCAGGGAGAUGGAAAUUGUACCAUUUGAUAACCCUCCUUAACUACUGUCAUCAAAAGACUGUGGAGUAAAUGAUCAAUAGGUUAUAAGGCGUGCAGAUAUUGACCUUCUCUCGUCUGAUUCAUUUACAACAAAUACCAUAGUGUGAAGACGUGUGCUUUUGGAAGCAUUCAAGUGUGGUUGUUCUCGUGAAGUUUGUUGAGUGAUACAAAGACUGACAGAGAAAGCUAAGAAAAGUCAGCAGUUAAUGAAAACAUCACCUGAAUACAGUUAAUUAUAACUGGAAAUAAACAGUCAUGAAAUAAACCAAAUUAACCCUUCAACUUCCAAGAUCUGAUUGUCAAUUCUCCCCUCUAACUGACUCACAAUUCCUUGUAAAUAAGUUAUGAGAAUUUGGUGUUAGCUCAAGAUAACAACUUCUUCCUGAUAAUUUUGAGUAUUCUCAUUACCUAAUGGCCAGAUAAUGUACAGAUAUCAUAGGGAGAAGUUACAAGUCAAUCAAUUCUGGGAGUUAACCCUUUCACUCCCAUGAGUGACCAGGACAGAAUUUCUCCUUACAAUAUCAAUACAAUAUCAAGCAGGCAGGUGAUGAGAAUUGAGAAGAAUAUCAAUCAUGGGAUUAUUAGUUGAUCCAAUACCAAAUUCUCUGAACUAACAUCUUAAGAAUUGUAUGGCAGAUAGUAAGGAGAAUUACUAAUUAGAUCUUGGGAGUGAAAGG